AAUUGUAGUAUAGAAAUUGAACAGAGUAAACGCUGUUACUUAGUUAAAACGCGGAAAAAUGGACAUAAUCAUUGACACGACAGGACGGGCCGAUUUUUUGGACAGAAACACGCUUGCCGAUAGCGACGACGAUGAUCCGGACAGCGAAGAUUUUGAUUUCGAUCCAGCGCGGUUGGAGUCAAUAUCGAAAGAGAUUGCGUCGACAAAAUGCAAAGGAAAACCGAGCAACGACAUUGAUAUCGAAGAAUUCGAGCGUGAGAUGGGGUGGAAAAACGCGGGGAAAAAGCAGCCGCCAAAUUCUACAAGCGUUGAAGAAAUAACAAAGGAGUUGACUCCGCUGGACAAAAUAUUACAGAAGUCUGUUAUUAAACCAGGCUUUGAAAAGCUCGAAUCUGUUCCGACGUACGACGAAAGCCAGAAACGAUUAAAGGCACAGAGGCGUAGAGAAAGAGAAAAGACUAAGGGAAAGAAGUGGUUCAAUUUACCUGCUCCUGAAAUGACAGAUGAAGUUAGGCACGAUCUGGAAGUUAUUCAAAUGCGAUCCGUUCUCGAUCCUAAACACUUUUAUAAAAAGAACGAUCUUCAAGUACUUCCUAAAUACUUUCAAAUCGGUAAAGUCAUGGAUUCGCCGCUCGACUAUUACAAUAGUCGUCUCACUAAGAAAGAACGAAAGCGUACCAUCGUCGAUGAGCUUAUGGCUGAUGCGGAAUUCUCAAAAUUCAAUAAACGAAAAUACAAGGAAAUCGUUGAUGAGAAACGAAAAAUGCACUUCAAAUCACACAGACACGCGAGAAAAUUAAAAGGAAAGAAGAAUUAAUUCCGUCGAACAUCACGCGAACACUUUCAUUGCUGUUUUAUUCAUUCGAAACAAAAAAUAUACAAUCCUCUGGUAUAAGAAUAAAUUUUUUUUCAUUUUUAUUU